AUGCCCAAGAAACACACUAAACGUCGAGACGGGACUCAAGAGCCAUCCGAUCUCUCUCCUAUUUCUGGUCGCGGUGGCUUUACGCAUUCUCGGCCUGCAUCAGAUGUUGGAGAUAGUGGCAACGGACAAUCCCAGCAAAUAUGCUAUGAGUUUCAAUCAAACGGCUCCUGCAAGGUUGGUGACAAAUGCCACUAUUCCCACAAAGUACCAAACACACGCCGCGAGAACACAAAUUACGCUUCUGGAUCUCCGCAAUCUCCCUUAUGUUCCAGUUUCAUGGAAAAGGGCUCGUGUUGCUUCGGAGGCCGAUGUAAAUUCUCUCAUGCCAAUUCGCCACAGGGGCAUCAGAAGGCUAGGGCUUCACCUCAUCACACAUCAGAUACCAUUGUCGAGUUUCUAAAUCGUGUUCAGAAGGCGCUUUCCGCACGCCAUUUUAGGCUCGACAUAAGCAAGCCUCGAGAUCUUGAGCUCUGGAUGCAGUGUUGGGCCGUGGUCGGCAAAGGCGCCCAAGCCCACCACGCCUGCACGCUUGCACGUGCAAUCAUGCGCUUCCCGGCAACGACAAUAUUGGCGCCUCCUCCUAACGAUGUGCUGAGCGUGCUAUUUAUCCUUGUUCAUAGUUGUGCUAAACAAACGCAAAACGCAAGAUCUCUGGUUGAGACCCUUGAACAUGUUGCAGACGUUGUUGAGAAUCGCUUGCGCAGUUACCCGGCAGAAAUCUCAUUACAUGAACGGUCUGAUUGUGAAGCAAAAACGCAGGAACUGCGUAGCAUAUCCCAUGGUGCCAUCCUCCGCUCGAUUUCAGAUCCUUCCCUCGCAACCCGUGGGGCUAUUCUUGUUACUCGCUUGUUGCCGUUGCUUGACGGCUUAGCGUGUAGUUACAAGCGCCAGAUCACCGAUGAUACUGAUCAAGACCAUGGCAUUGCGGUUGAGGCUGACGACAAGACUUGGAGUGGCUGGCGCACACCGACACUUGCAUGGCUCCAGAAAGGUGAAUGGUUGGACGCGCCACACUUAAUCCGGAGCAAUGACAGUGUAGACCAUUACAUUCACACGCUGCGGCGACUGGUCACAAUGCUCACGUUCUAUUGGGGAGCCGGAGCAGUGUUCCCAAAAUGCCAAACCCGGGGGCAAGAUGACCAGUCAUGUCGACGACCGCUUUGUACUGUGAUUUCCAAUGCACGUAAAAAGAAGUGUCGCCGUCGUCUGUCCGGCGGCAAGAUUUGCAUGAGGCCUGCACACUGGCGAUGUUCUCGAAGUGGUCAUGAUGUUGCGUGCCAACGUUGUUUGGCCGAACAGCAACACAAAUUAACUAGUAAUCCUGGGCCGCGGGCGUCAACUGACGUAUAUGACUGCCUUGUUGAACGCGACACAGUCAGACGAGACGGCGUUGUUUACGUUCUUUCGCAAAUGAAGUCCCGCAAACCCCCUUCUGUUUCUCCCAAUUGGAAGACGACGUAUCGCCUUAAAUGUUCUGCACUUGUUGCUGUGAUGCGUCUUAGGAUAUCAGGAGAGCCACUUUCUUCUCAACACGCCCUCCAAUGGGCAGAGGUUGUACCUGUGAACCAAAAAAGCGGCUCGGGAAAGGACUUCCAUGAGCGAAGCAAAGGUCGCUUAGCUCUACGCCUACUCAAUCGUGCAGAUGUAUCAACGCUCCCUCGGAACGAAGAAGGGCUUGAAAGAGGGGCAUGGGUGGCCGUUAUCGACCUGCAAGUGUUGGUGCCUGAAGUGAUUUCUGUACUAUCCACAAUUACCGACGUAGAAUUCCACAGUCACCUCGAGCAACUCCUGUUCUCGGACGUUCUGAUCGGUUCUAGAGAAAUUCGAACUGAACCUAUUGUUCACACAAGUAUAGAACAAGCGAUCGAAAGUGCUCUGGCGAUAAGCGAAAUUGACCUGAUCAAGCGGCUUCCAGAAAACAUCCGAUCAGACCUGAGUCGUUCCCUCGUGCAACUAGCAAAGAACGCCAACCUAUACGGAACGCAACUGCGGGCGCUGUCAGCGUCUCUUUCAAGUCCUAUGCACUGCACGCAGGGUCCUCCUGGCACUGGAAAAAGUUACGUUGGUGUCGUUCUGGUCCGUGCUUUGGACGUCAUACGAUCCUAUGCGACAAAGUCUGGCAUGUCGGUGGGUCCCAUAGUUGUGCUUUCAUACAAGAACCGCCCCCUUGAUCAGUUUCUUCUGGACGUGAUGAAAGCCGAGGGCUGCCAUUCAUCUCUAGUUCGCGGAAUGAUUAGAUGUGGAAAGCCGGAAGACGGGCGUUUACAUCAGUAUUGCGAGGGCCGCAACGCUGUUGAAAUUAGAGCGCAGGAGACGCUUUCAAGACGUGUCGCCAGCCUUCGUGCAGUAAAAGGGGUUCUGAGAAGCUGGCGUAAAGUGCAAGAUGAAUUUGGUGAGAGCUUUACAGAGCAAGCUGAGCGCCUGAAAACUCUGAGGACCAUAGAAGUCAAGACAUCACUCGCGUUUGGAGAGAGAGUAUAUGACGCAGUUUUGGUUUUAGCACAUGCUUUGCUCCUUCAUGGCCGUGUCAACGCUGCCGACUCCUGCAACGAACUCAAUAGCGCAACGGCAUAUGGGCUCAUUCAGUCUCUUCUACGAGAUGACUUGUCAACCUUAGAUCUGCACCAUGAGGGAAUAGAGCACCUGAGCAGCCUAAACAAGGGAACAGAACACUGGUUAACAAUAGGAAAGAGUCGUAUGGUGUUUUUGCUUGACAACUGGCUCGGUGGGUCUAAUCCACCGCCACGCUGUGUCGCUCCAAAUGACGCAGGCGGUUGCGUGAUGGCGAGUACAGUACUUGCAACACCCGUUGAAGUGCGUUGCGAAGGAAUCACUACCAAGCAGAAACGCUGCAAAACAGUCGGCAACGCGAGCCACGGUUCCACGUUCUUUUGUAACGCUCAUAGUGCCCAAAAACCAACUUCGGUACAUAACGACGGGUGGUGCGAAGGGGCUGUAAUAUCAACCAUCGGCAAUAACCAUAGACAAGCUCAAGUAGCAAGUGCAGUCAGUGGGUAUUUAUCAAGUUCAGACGAAUGGAAUUGGAACCAGUCACAUUCUAAGCGCUGGAGUCUUGUAUCGGAGUUUCUUGGAGGCGUCAUCCGCUCUAUUGAUGACCUAGUCGUUCUUGCAGAAGACCACGUCGAACUUGCCCGUCGGGAGCUACAGGAAGCCGCGGCUUAUGCUUUCAAAAAGGCGAGGUUAAUAGGCUCAACGAUAGUAGGCGCAACCGGACGCCUGAAAGCAAUUAGGGCGUCAGAACCAUUUGCUAUGGUCGUGGAAGAGGCUUGCGAAGUUCUUGAGCCAACUCUUGUUUCCGUGCUUGCCGUGCGGUCGCUGCGCAAGCUAGAACUGAUUAGAAACCAUCGCCAGCUGCCUGCAUAUGUUCAGCCAUGUUGGUUUCCGACUCAGGUCAAUUUUCGCUCUACAAAAGUGUCCUUGCUUGAGCGUUUGGUCCAGAGCGGGGCAGGUGGUGGCGCUGGAAGGACAAGCCAUUGCACAGUUCUUGAUGAACAGCGACCAAUGCGGCCCGAAGUUUCGGCUUUGACAAACUGCGAGUACGAGGAUGUUGUUAACAUCACUGAUCAUGCAUGUACCCUUUCUCAGCGAAUAAGUGACUGUCAGUUUCAACCAACCAUAAAGAGGACCUGGUCUUCCCUCAAGGAUAAAGAGCCCGAACCAGAGUCAUCUGAACGCGAUCUGUGGUACGGGCAAGGGAAUGCUGUACCAGGUUUAGAGUCGGCCGUCUUCUUCUGGGAAAUUGAGGGUGAAGAAGAGCGAACAUCCGUUGGUCUAUCUCGUUGCAACAAUAAAGAGGCUGAGUUUUGCGCUGGAUUGGUCAGAUGGCUUCUUCAGUGCGGAGUUGCUCCAGCAGGCAUCACUGUUAUAACACCCUACAAAGGCCAAAAGAUCAAGAUUGUCAAAAAACUGCGGGGAAUACCUGGCGCGGUUUUGGGGCAACCUAAUGGCACGAAGGGAGCUAGAAGAAAUGAGGUUACGGUUUCAACAGUUGAUCGCUAUGAAGGCGAUGAAAACGACGUUGUUAUUCUAUCACUCGUCUGCACCAGGCCUGACAAUCUCUUUACUGCUAUACAAAAUCAAAUUACUAUUGAGGCGUCCAGGGCUCCUAUCGGGUUUUACAUCCUUGGUUCAUCUCGAGCUUUUGGUUCCAAUCAUCAAAAUGGAAGCGCCCCUCUGCACUGGCUCCGUCUGCUCAAAGAUCGUGAAUGUUCUCACACAAACGCAGGGCAAGGCGCGAAUGAAGGAAUAAUGGGGCAGCCCAGCCGCAUUGGUCGGAAACUAGAUAUUCGCUGCCCACGGCAUCCUGAUUCGUCGAAAGAGAUCUCCACACCAAGUGAUUUUCCGGCAAAGCGAGAAGAGUUGGCCUCUUUUUGCUCGAAACCAUGUACUUUUAGCUUACCUUGGUGUAGCCAUCUCUGUCAAGAACUUUGUCACUCAUCAUCCCAAAGGCAGCAUACGAGCAAGUGCAAAAUGCUCGUUCCAAGACCAUGCGAUACACAUUCAGAAAUCAGUCUUCAUUGUUGCAAUGUACGCCAAAAGCAAAACAUGGAGGCCGAGUCAUUGAAGGACGCAUUGAGCAAGUUCCAGUGCGAAGUCAUAGUCCCGUAUCACAGACCAGAAUGUUCGCAUGUUUUAAAAAUCUCCUGCCAUCAAUACAUGGGAAUCCUCGAUGGGUCUUUGAAGUUAAAGAAUUGUGAAAAGGCGGUGGCGGAUUACGUGCAUCCAGUUUGCGGUCACAGAUCGCUCGGUCCAUCGUGCUACAGACGUCGACAAUGGGAAAACGAACCGCCAGUGUGCAAAGUUGCAGUGGACCACAUUCGAAGCUGUGGUUGCGAGGUGCGACAACCAUGCCAUGACAAAAUGCAAGAAUGUGCGAUGAUUGAAGCCCCACUAUGCCAGGAAGCAGUUUCAAGACCGCGUCCUCGCUGUUCCCAUUUGCUAUCAUCUCGCUGCUAUGAAUCAAUGGCACUGCAAGAGCUUUGGUCGCAAGAGGGAGACGAGGCUGUCAACUGUGAUCCUCCCGUAAUCCGGUAUGGUAUUAUUUACGGGCCUUCAGAGGCUGACAUUAGCCAGGCAUAUCCUUCGAGAUUUACAAGGGUCUUCAAAGAGUGUUUUGUCGAAACAAAAUAUCUUGCUUCAUGCGGACAUAGUUCGAUUGUAUUAUGCUCAAAGGCAUUCAAACUCGCUGUUGGGACUAUUGACGAGCCUCCUUGCACUGAGAUAGUAAUUUUCCAGAGUCCAAUUUGCGGACAUCAGAUAGCAAGUCAGUGCUAUCUCCGCACUGCAUGCAGGGCUUUGGCAAAUACGGUAUUUGAAGAACAUGUUAACCUCGCCACUGGUCAGGUACAACGCUUCGCACAGGAGCGAAUGCUCCGAGCUGCUCCACCACUAGAUCCAAUUCUCAAUAAGCUGAGAAAUGCGUGCAGCUGCUCCGUUGUUAUUGCGAGAGAAUGUGGACAUGAAACGAGUGCUUUUUCGUGCUCACGCAUCUUUGCGUCUUUAAAACACAAAAAAUUUCCAUCUUGUAACGCACCCGUCGUUCUCAAACGCCCAUGUGGUCACCCUUGUACAGUUUCAUGUCAUCACCGAGGAAAUACGCUCCCUGUGUGUUCCGAAUAUGUUGACGAAGUGUUUAAAUAUCCUUGCGGAAAAAGCGGACACACACUGCAGCCGAAAACGUGCCAUCAUCUACGACUUCUUCAAGCGAGCACUGACAUUCAGUGCCCUCUCCAGGUUAAAGCUGUUCGCGCACGUUGUGGCCAUGCAUUUGAAUUGCCAUGUCACAUGGAAGGGAAGUUGAGAAAGAAAACUCCCGGUUCUUGCCUGAAUGCGAAAAUCUCACCGAGGAUAGUCCAAGAGGGAGCCGAUUACUGCGAAAGUGCAUUAGGCGUACCAGCAUGUCUUGAACGUGUUUCUUACCGGAGAAUGUGUGGUCAUAUAGACAGUGAUGUACAGUGUGACAUCGCCUUUCAAUGGGCUGAAUUUCCCCAAGAAGCCCCAGCAUGUAGACAUGAGAUAGCGAUGAAAUCGCCUCUGUGCGAGCACCAACUGCUUAUCGCCUGUAACCAGAAAGCCGACAUCUUGGCUGCAGAUCUGUGGAGAGGUCAGCCUCCAGAGCGUAUCACUUUAAGUAUGGAUGAUGAAGUCAGAACUUGUCCAGUCGUUCAUGAGGGCGUGCAGUUACCAGCUCUUCCAGCACUACAGACCAUUGCCUUGCUGCGAUGCGGAGAAUCGACUCUACUGCAACGAAAGUGCGGCCAUGAAAAGACAGUUCCCUGUGAGACCAUUUUCACCGCUAUGACCUCGAUUUGCGAACAACUCGAGAACGUUGAAUGUGCUGGAUGCGGCCAGACCAGCGCUCAACCAUGCCACGAACUGAAGAAAAAUCCAGAUGGUUUGCGAUGCAACCGUGUGGUUAAGAAGAAAUGUUCUGUCUGUCGCAUAAACAUAACGCCAGCGCCAUGUUAUAUGGAGGCAGUUCAAUGCGGCAGUGUGGUAAAUGCCAACCUCCAAUGCGGGCAUGAGAUUUCUUGGCAAUGUGGUGACGAGGAUCCGCGCUGGAAGCCUCUGAUGAAGGUAUGCAUUGUAUGUACCCACAAAAGGUGGUUGGACGUGCAUGCAACGGUCUCGUUGCAAAAAGAAGUGGCGGCCAAAGCUUCACCUCGAAAUGAGAAAACCACAAUUCUCGCAAAUGCAGCUGAAAAUCGUUUGCAUGGUGCGAAUUCUUGUGACAUAUUCAACAUCAACGCACUUUUGGCUGUGCUUCGCUCCCGUGCGCUUGAAAACCUCCCUGAAUCAUGGAUCAUGAAAUGUGAUAGAGUGCAGUGCAUCCCGGUCGAACGUUUGCUCCAAUCCUACCUCCGGCUCUUACAGCAAAACAUUGAUAACUUCGCUGCAGCGAUCAGGAACGGGGAAAGGGAGCGCAGAUUAUGCGCUCCGCCGCAGUUUCCCAGCGAAGACGGUGCUUACGAUAUUAUUUACUGCACUCGUACGUCUAAAGAAGAACCAGAAGACUGCUUUAGAAGCCUCAUGACACGGUAUGGGAUGGGUAUUACCGGGAAGAUAUUAUCUGAGAAGUCUAUUGUGCAUGAAAGUGAGAAGCGUAGACAUAAUGCGCCAUGGUCCAUUUUUGUCGGUGCUGUUCUGCGUCAUCAAAUGCUGGAUGACGUAGAACCUUUUAUGGCUCAAGUGCGAAGUGACUGCUGUCAGACGGAGGCCCGGAAAAAGGCAUUGAAACAAAUGCAGUCUUGCAGGGCAAAGGGCUACGACCACAUUUCUUUAAAACCGAUGGGUGAACCAUUCGGCCGGGUUUUUUGGACUGCGGGCUCUGUAAUACCAUUAUAUCAAGUCGAGUUACAAUUCCAUCGGCGAUGCGAAAUAUGUAUGGACAACAUCCCGGCGUUCAAAGCUUGGGGGUGCCCAGAUGAUCAUUUCUUGUGUGGAGAGUGUUUUGGUAGCUACGCAAAGAGAGCUCAAGAACCAGGCACCCUUCGUCGUAUUGUUGAUCAAGACGGGAAUUUGGCAUGCCCACACGAUGGCUGCAAGAGGACAUAUGACAUCCUGCAUCUAUUGCGACAGAGGCAGGACGCUAGUGAAGAGGAGCUUCAACCACUUCAAUCGGAACUGGAAAAACUCAAAAUUGCAACGCAUGCCAAACGUCAUGUAAAAGCUGCAUUGGACGUACAGAAAAUGGAGCUCGAGGCAGAGUUCAAACGGAUUCAGCAAAUUCAGGAUCUAGAUGAACGUCGCGCGGAGAUUCUUCGCCUUGAAAUAAUUGAUCAAAUCCUGACCCUCCGCUGUCCAAACUGCCGGAUGGCUUUUAUCGAUUUUGACGGGUGCUUUGAUCUCACAUGCGAUGGUUGUAUGCAUCACUUCUGUGCAUGGUGCAUAUCUCACUUUAGUCGACACGAUGUGCACAGUCAUGUCGCUCAUUGUCCGAAGUCACCACAGCAGGGAGCAGUAUAUGGCCAAAUGGAGCAGUUCACACGGCUUCAUUCCGUUCGUCGCCGACAACUAGUCGUGCAAAGACUCAAGGGCGAAGUACGAGAAGUGCAAAAAUUAACCCUUGCACGCGUUCGUGGUGAACUGCAAGACCUUAAUAUUCACAUCAAACUGGACCAACUCGUCACAGAUUAAGAACUGCAGGAUCACUAUUUUGAUGACAAGUUGAACGUUUUGGAUUGGUACAAGUCACGCACUUUCCAGUGGUGAUGCGCCAGCGGUGUCAAAAGUGCAUCUAUCCCAGUGGUGGGGGGUGUAUUUAUGCCAAAUUCGUACACUAAGAUUGUCCGUAAAGUCACGAAAACGCGUGUUUUGGUGGCGUGUCUGCUCAUAUUUUCUAAACGAAAAAAUUUCCGACAACGCGUUUGGCAAAACUCACGUCAUACCGAAAACUGGGGGCAUGUGAGUUUUCCACGAGUUUCACAUUCGCCUGACCACAGCAGUGCCGGAUCGACCCGUCAUGAAGGAAAACAAAGUGGUUUUCUGUUCUUUUCAUCAGCACAAACGAGUCUCAGACUGCACGGGUCGUAUCGUUAUGCGUCAUGGACGCCCCUAUCGCUUCAUCUGCGCAGAGUCCAUCAACGGAUCAAAGCGCGACAGGAUGUGCCACAGAUGCCGCCGAAGCAACCGCGAAAGAUAGACGAGUAGAAGCUUCUAAAAAGCGGUCCUCUCUAAACGGCUCUCCUCAGCCUGUCAAGAAGACGAAACACAUCGCUCUUUCGACUGAGAGACCAUUCUAUCCUUGUGGCGAGCUACAAUAUUCGCUUCAGCAGGUAUUCGCGCAGGUGCACGUAAUCUGUCGGGCGGCACAACGUUGUACUAGACUUGCGUUUGUUGCGGGCAGGCACCCGGCUGGAGGUCAGUCCGCAAAACACGUGGCGGAAUUUUUCAAUCACGGGUUUACCUUGCGUCCAUCGAUUUUGUGGGCAAAUGUGUGGUUACAUCCAGACGGCAGUACGGCACACCACAGUAAUAAGACACAGCCAAUAGGGCAUACCGUAGUCACGACGCAAUAAAGUCUCCGACGGCCACCCGCUCCCUCGGGGAUCGGGGGGUAUCGGAGUUCACGGAACCACAAAA